CUGAGGUAUGAUUCGUUGCUGGCAGGAGUCAGCGAAACGACAGAAAUUAGAGAGUCCGAGUGAUUCGAAUUGCUCUGGUUCUGUUGAUGGGAAGUUGGCAUGUAUGGGUGAGCCGGUGGAAGACAAGGCUGCACGAAAUGUUGUUCAACAGGAGGUGGCUAAGGUAGUGGUUCGAGUACUCUCACCGUAUUAUGCCAAUAAACAGAUAGCAACGAAGGAUCUCUUCAAGGCAUUAGCACGUAAAAUACACAUCUGUUGUUGGAGCGUGAGAGCACCGGCCAGUUACUGGAUAGUUGUGAGGGUAUGUGUGCAGAUGUGGUAG